CCCAGUCCCAGCUGUCAGUUGCGCUCGCGCACCGAUUCUGACUUUCGCACUCUGUCCCCGGUACCAUGGCGUCCACGGAGGAGGACGGCUCCGCUGAGGAGAAGGAAACCAACAACAAGAAGAGAACGAAAAGUGCGAUCGCUGUCGCAUGGCUUACAUUUUACAACAUCGCCAUGACGGCCGGAUGGCUGGUCUUGGCUAUGGCAAUGAUGCGCUUUUAUAUCCAGAAAGGCACACACAAGGGUCUGUACAAAAGUAUAGCAAGGACACUCAAGUUUUUCCAGACAGUUGCGUUAGUUGAGGUGGGGCACUGUGCAAUCGGAAUCGUGAGGACCUCUGUAAUUGUGACCGGGGUUCAAGUGUGUUCACGAAUCUUCAUGGUGUGGUUCAUCACCAACAGCAUCAAACAGAUCCAGAACGAAGAAAGUGUAAUCCUCUUCCUGGUCGUUUGGACGUUGACAGAGAUCACCAGAUAUUCAUUCUAUACAUUCAAUCUGCUCAACCUCCUGCCAUACUUCAUCAAAUGGGCCAGAUACAACAUGUUUAUCAUCAUGUACCCUCUCGGAGUGGCCGGAGAACUCCUGACCAUUUACGCUGCUUUGCCGUUCGUUCGCAAAACCGGAAUGUUCUCCAUGAGGCUCCCCAACAAGUAUAACGUCUCCUUCGACUACUACUACUUCCUCAUCAUUGUCAUGCUCUCCUAUAUCCCAUUGUUCCCACAGCUCUAUUUCCACAUGCUCCGUCAGAGGAGAAAGGUGCUUCUUGGGGAGAUCAUAGUGGAGAAGGACGAGUAGAGCCGCCUCACAGUCCAGCAACUGGUGUUCGUUUUGGGACAGCGAGUCAGCACAGCCCCCCUGCCGCCACAUCAAUUCACCUUUGGUACUGCACCCCCACCCCCACACCACCAAGUUCUCCACACUGCAACGCAAGCAACCGGGAGAGUCAGACCACUACCAACAUCACGGGAUUAACCAUGUAAUAAUCACAGAAACAGGAUUAUGACAUUCACCAGAAUAACCCAACUGGAUUAAAUAGUGCUGCAAGAGACAUCAUUACCCAACAGGAAUAACCCUCAUCAGAAUCAUCAUGAACAGUCAUCACCAAACAGUCAUCAAUCAACCAGAAGUAUCAUUACAGAACAGGAGUAGUCAGCGGAAUACAAUCUCUAGCAUCUCUAGAAUAAUCAUCAUCAUCACAAAACUGGAACAUUGUGCUGUGCAUGCAUCCUUGUUUGUUCCACUGUGUCUUCACUGUCCCAGUGCAGAUAGCUAGAUCCCCAGAGAGAGAGAGAGAGCACUAACUCCACCAGCCAGCAUGGCCACAACAUGCUGCACUGAACCCCUGCAACCUGAUAGCAUACGGCACUGAUUACCUGCUACAACUGCCACACAACAAUAUUGGAAGGCGCUUGCUGUGCAUUGGGUCAACCACACAGCAGAUACAUACUGAACCCACCAUCAGUGCAACAUAGAGGGAGUUCGAGGGAACCAGGGAAGGGUGAUAUGAAAGGAGGGUGAAGGAUAGAUGAUAGUUGUGUCCCCUGAACUGUUUUAUUUCUUCUUUUAAAUUGGAAAUUAAUUUUUUAAGUAUUUUUAUGCGUUUUCCACCACAGUGAUUUUAUACAUAAAUAGCAUGUGGCAACAAUGACUAGACAGAAGCUCAAAAAAGAGAUUCGUAGACAUAUGACCUCGACAACAAACAGACAUUUGGGCAAUAUGCUGCUUCCUUGGUGUAUGUGUGUUGUACUUUAUUUGUAAACAAUGAAAUGUGAAACGGCACCAUUAGUAGGUUAUUUUAUGCACAGAUUGGAUCAUUUGAAGAAUGACUUAAUGUAUUAUACAUAUCACAUGGUUGGCAAUUAUGUGGUUUUUAACAGUAAAACACUUGUAUUGAAUGUUAUUAGUACUUAAGGUGUAGCCGAGACUGCUCAAAUUUGUUUUUUGCUUUGCUCAGCUCUAAUGUUCUCUCCAUGUUGCUUUAAUGUUUACUAAGAGCUCAGUCAAAUUUAUUUACCAGUGUGCAUCUUAAAGAAGGUUGAAUGUUUGCAGAAAAGCUAUUGUUUUCGAAAGUUCAAGCCAACCUAGGAGACGCACAGAGAAGAUAAGAGAUAAUAAAUUAUUUCUGAGCACUCACAGUCUUCAGUUAGUCACUGUUUUGUUCUUUAUGUUUAAAAAUCUGUGUUCAGGAUCCAUUGUCCUUGUUGGUAAUGUACUGGUAGUUAGUGUUAGAUUACCUCUACUAAAAGGUGCUACUGUGUCAGAUCGUUUCAAUCUUCUGUGCAGCUGAAGGAUUGAUUGGAAUUGGGGUCAUCUAAUUGUAUGCACUGCGAUACCUAGCCCUGUGCUACAGUGUGCUGAAUGAAUCAACAUCAUACUAUGAAUCAGGACUAGACAAGAAAGAAAGAAACAAUAAAAUUAAAUGUCAAAAACCA